UUUCUUUCUUCAUUCUUUAGCAGGAUCUAUUGUGCUUUGCUAUGGCAAAUUCCAAGGGACCGUCUAGCAUGAGAAAUAUGAUGUACAAUGGAAAGAGCUCUUUACUGCCUCCUAAAAGUCCAUUUCCUAGCAUAUCUCCUUCGUAUGUAGAUUAUGUCCCUAGUUCUGCUUUCACCCAAAAGGACAAUUCAAAACCCAGAGAUGGUUCACACCAUCAGCGUACGUCUUCUGAAAGCUGUCUUAUAGAGGAGCAACCAUCUUGGUUAGAUGAUCUUCUUAACGAGCCGGAAACUCCUGUACGCAGAGGUGGCCAUCGACGUUCAUCUAGUGACUCCUUUACAUAUUUUGAUGCUGCUAACAUUGCAAACUUAGAUUACAUAGCUCAAGAUGAUAACAAAUUCAGAAAUUUAACUCAUGUCCCUUCCUGGGGAUCCCAAGACUUUGAUUAUUACCAAAAUGCUCGGCAUGCCACAUUUCAUGUUGAUCAAAAUUCCUCAAACCGACAAAAAAGUAGGGCAAGGGAUGCAUCUCCAAAUGCAAUACCACAUCCCCGUGGCCUUUCCCCUUUUAGAGAAAAUGUCAAGACUCACAGCUUGGGACCAUCAUGUCCUCCACAAGAAGGAGAGAGGCCCAAAUCUGCAGGAAGUGACCAGCAGGAUUUAGUUGAAUCUGUCCCUCCUGAUCCAAAGGGAUCUGGUGAAAGAAAGGAUUCUUCUCACAGCAAGAGUUCUGCAUCUGAAACUGACACGAAACGUGCAAAGCAACAGUUUGCCCAACGGUCACGAGUUCGGAAGCUUCAAUACAUAUCUGAACUGGAAAGAAAUGUUCAAGUUCUGCAGGCUGAAGGUUGUGAAGUGUCUGCGGAGCUUGAAUUCCUUAACCAGCAGAAUCUUAUUCUCAGCAUGGAGAAUAAAGCCCUAAAGCAGCGGUUAGAAAAUUUAGCUCAAGAACAGCUGAUAAAGUAUUUGGAGCAUGAAGUCCUAGAAAAAGAAAGAGGAAGACUACGAGCAUUAUAUCAGCAACAGAAAUUGCCACAGUCACAGCAAUCAUCUUCGAGCCAUCGGCGCACCAGUAGUAGGGAUCUUGAUCAACAAUUUGCAGACCUGUGUUUGAAACAGAAAGAGGGCAUGUGACUGUAGGUAGGAGCUGAUUUUAUUGUGCAUGACAUGAUCAGAAAAAACUCUUGUCAACUGCUUAGCCUCUUACAGUAAGUAGCUUGUGCCGGCUUUGUUAGUGAUGUUUUUAUGUGCGCCUGGUGGUCAAUGCUUGGGAAUAACAUUUGGUGGCAGUUGACUCACCUGAGGUGAUAAAUCCGUCUGUUGUAAAAUUUCCCAGCCAUUUGUUCCACAUCUUUACCUUGUUGGGGUAGAUUUUCAUGAACAUUGAAUUGUAAGCAUCAUAUGGAGCUUAUUAUUUCCUUUCUUCUUUUAUGCUAUGAAAGCAUUCUGUUUUCCCACUUGUUAA